CUUCUCUUCUCUCCAAAGAAAAACUUACCACCUGGUCCACUAGCUCUUCCCAUACUAGGCAACCUCCAGCUCCUCAAAACCUCACCCCACCGAACUCUCCAGUCUCUGUCCUCCCACUACGGCCCGAUUGUUUUCCUCCGGUUCGGAUCCCGACCCGUCCUCCUAGUCUCCUCUCCAUCCAUUGCCGAGCAACUCUUCACCCAACUUGAUGUAAUUUUUGCGAACCGACCCAACUUCCUUGCCAGCAAACACGUAACCUACAACAACACCACCCUUGGGUUCUCCCCUUACGGCGACCACUGGCGUAAUAUUCGCCGUGUUACAACCAUCCAAAUCUUCUCAGCCACCAGUCUCAACCACUCCUCCGCCACCAGGACGGAGGAGAUCCGUUUUGUGGUCCAGAAACUUUUUCUGGGAUAUGAAGGGGCUAGCCGGAAAAUUGACCUGAGUUCUGUUUUCCGUGAUUUUAUGUUCAAUGUGGUGACAAAGAUGGUUGCCGGAAAACGGUGGACGGAGUCGGUGGACAUGUUCGGGCCGAGCUUGCAGAUGAACUUAUGUGACUAUUUACCGUUUUUGGGGUGGGUGGGUUUCAGAGGGACGAAGAAGAAGUCGAUGGAUAUGCAUAGACGGAGAAACGAGUUCAUGCAAGGUCUGAUUGAGGAGCACCGGCAAAACAAAGCUGGUUCUUCUUCGCCGGAGCAAAGGAAGAAGACGAUCGUUAAAGCCUUGUUGUCUUUACAAGAAGCUGAACCUGAAUAUUACACGGAUGACAUCCUCAAGGGCAUCAUACUGGUAAGCGUAUUGCACUGUUUUUUGUAA